GAUCAGAGCGCUAGGAGGCUGCAGCGAUUUCUCCGUGGGGCUCCCAGACCCAGUGGACAUUUCCUGUUCUGCCCCUGGACGUUCAAGCCAAAACUUUACAAAACAUCCUUUUCCCUAGAACCAAGUGUUUGGUUCGGAGACCCACCCCUCCCCACGUCGGUGAUCUCAGAGCCUGCCCUCCCCUUCCUUUCUCGGAACCGCUCCCUGAUCAGGGGCGUCAGCUUCCCAGCAGAGGUGAUGGAGCCACUGUAGCAGGUGGUGCCAAUGGGAGAGAGGAGACCGGGGGACCACCGCCUACGAGGAGCCGGAGCUGGAGGAGCCGCGCUCAUGGCGUUCAGCCCCUGGCAGAUCCUGUCCCCCGUGCAGUGGGCGAAAUGGACGUGGUCCGCGGUGCGCGGCGGGGGCGCCGGAGGGGACGAGGCCGGAGGGUCGGAGGGCGACCCCGAGGAGGAGGACUCGCAAGCCGAGACCAAAUCCUUGAGUUUCAGCUCGGAUUCUGAAGGUAAUUUUGAGACCCCUGAAGCUGAAACGCCCAUCAGAUCACCUUUCAAAGAAUCCUGUGAUUCACAGCUGGGACUGGCAGGCCCCGGGGCCAAAACCCAAGAUUCACAAGAAGUGGACGAACAUCUGGUGGCAGAAGUGGUAGAAAAAUUUUCGACAGAGGCUUGUUCUAGACCCUCGGAACACGAGGUGGCUCCACGGGCUGCUGCAGACUCUUCCCCCAUCAAGGAUCUCAGAGAAGAACCUGAACACGAUGUUAGCAAAAUCUCAAUAGUGAGGCCAUUUUCCAUAGAAACCAAGAAGCCCACAGAUGUCCUGGCGGCGCUUGGAACAAAAGCAGCUCAUGGCAGCACCCCUGCUGUCUUAGGCGAGGUGGCGGCCCCCCGCUCAGUGGGUGGCACCCAGGACGAGGCGAUGACAGAGGACAAUAUAGGGGUCAUGCUGGGGGCUUCCACGGAGGUCGACCUGAAGACGGGGAGCACGGGCCUGGAGCCCGCAGUUGGCAGAAGCAGGCUGAGGAAGCCCAAGCCCGUACCCCUGAGGAAGAAGGCAAUUGGCAGCGAGUUCUUGGGUUCCGACCUGGCUCCGGAGGGCACGCACCUCACCAGGCCGUCCUGCCGGUUCGGUCCUGAUGAGGUGGCUGAGAAUUCCAGCCCUUCCCGACUAGGAGUUGCCAGGAUCCAGAAACAUCCCCCUGCAGUUAAGGAGAGGCCAGGCGUCCCUAGUAGUGACACCAACGACUCAGGGUUUGAGGUGCUUGAGGAGGCAAGGGGCUCACCUCUGAGGCUCCAGUUGGAUUUCGCAGAAGAUGUGGAAGAUGCAGAGUCCAGGGAAUCCCUCCCGCAAAAACUGGGCAGGAAGCUGGGGAACAGACUGACCCCCGAGGUCAGGAAAGAUUGCUCUGGGGAGCCAGUGGGCGCCAAAGAUUUGGAGUUGCUUCCAGGCCUGGCUGCAGAGGAUGCUCCCGGCCUCCGAGACUCUCCGCCGUUGGACCCCCGUCCCUGGGAAAGCCCUGGCCUCGGUCCCUUUGGAAGCCCCUCCAUCCUGCAGCACUGCCCCCCGCUCCCCUCUCAGGGCUCCUACUGCUUCGACCAGGACGACAUUGACGAAUCCCUGGAUCCCUUUAAACCCACUCUGACUUUAACAGGCAGUGACUUUGUGUCUCCCACCGGUAAUCAUAUCAGUGAAAUCUUAGAGUCACCCAAGAAGCCAAAGUCACGUUUAAUAACGAGUGGCUGUAAGGUGAAGAAAUAUGAAGCCCAGUCUCUUGCUUUGGAUGGGUGUUCUCAGGAUGAAGGAGCAGUGAUCUCCCAGAUUUCUGACAUUUCCAACAGGGAUGGCCAUGCAACAGAUGAGGAGAAGCUGGCGUCCACAACCUGCGGUCAGAAACCCACCGGGGCCGAGGGGAAAGGUGAGCCAGAGGAAGACCUGGAGUACUUUGACUGUUCCCAUGUUCCCGUGUCUGCCAUAAAUCAUACGUUUUCAUCCUCAGAAGCAGGCAUGGAGAAAGAGAUGAGCCUGAAGAUGGAGAAGGAUGGAUCCACCAUGCCCGGAACCUUGGAGGCCCCGAUGGAGAAGGCUCCUGUGUCUGUGGCCUGUGGAGGGGAGAGCCCCUUGGACGGCAUCUGCCUCAGUGAGUCAGACAAGACCGCCGUGCUCACCCUGAUCAGAGAAGAGAUAAUCACUAAAGAGAUUGAAGCAAAUGAAUGGAAGAAAAAAUAUGAAGAAACCCGACAAGAAGUCUUGGAGAUGAGGAAAAUUGUGGCCGAGUAUGAGAAGACCAUUGCCCAAAUGAUCGAAGACGAACAGAGGGCAAGUAUGACCUCCCAGAAGAGCUUCCAGCAGCUGAGCAUGGAGAAGGAGCAGGCGCUGGCCGACCUCAACUCCGUGGAGAGGUCCCUCUCCGACCUCUUCAGGCGAUAUGAGAACCUGAAAGGCGUCCUGGAGGGGUUCAAGAAGAAUGAAGAAGCCUUGAAAAAAUGUGCUCAGGAUUACUUAGCCAGAGUUAAACAAGAGGAGCAGCGGUACCAGGCCCUGAAAAUCCACGCGGAAGAAAAACUAGACAAAGCCAAUGAAGAGAUUGCUCAGGUUCGAACAAAAGCCAAGGCUGAGAGCGCUGCUCUGCAUGCGGGGCUCCGGAAAGAGCAGAUGAAGGUGGAGUCCCUGGAGAGGGCCCUGCAGCAGAAGAACCAAGAAAUCGAAGAACUGACGAAAAUCUGUGAUGAGCUGAUUGCAAAGCUGGGAAAGACAGACUGAGUACCCCGAUUAGCUCAGCAGAUCUGCAUUUGGCUGCUUCUCUCGUGACCAUGAUUAUCUUGCCUUAUCCAGGAAUAAUUGCCCCUUUGCAGAGAAGAGAAAAAAAAAAAAAAAAAACUUCACGAAAGCACAUGCCUACUGCUGCCUGUUCCGCUUUGCUUUUGAAGCAACAGCCCGGAGGGAGCUCUGGAGUUUGCACAACCACCAAAGGAGGGGCUCGCCUGGCCAUCCCGUCUCGGUUAGACGGGCUGCCAAGGCCACUGGGAGUUCUCCAUCUUUAGUUGGAUUUAAAGUUGUCUUUACUUUCCCCAAGUGCAUUCAGUUUAUGAGUUUGUGGCCACCUUUGGGACCAUCUCCUGUCCACCACCUGAUUUUUUAUUUUUUAAUUCAUCUUUUAAAUUUCAUUCUCAGUAUGAGUGGUUUUAUUUGAGGAGAUAAAUUGGCUUCUUGUUACUUCCAGCUUAUAGGCAAGAAGGGACUCUGAUACCCAUUUAUGCACACGCUCACACAUACAUACAAGCUCUCACACAGGUGCACACGCUCACGCACGCACACACACACGCUCACACAUACACAUAUAUGCUCUCACACAGGUGCACAUGCUCUCUCUCUCUCUCACACACACACACACACACACACACGUGUUUAUUUGUGCUGCUGGGUCUUCUCCCCUAAAGCAUAGUCAGAUAAGACCAUCUCUAGAGAAGAGCGUGUUUCCAUAAAUGUAAAACCCUAUUUUGAAACAGAGUCCUGGCUCAGAAGGCUAACUUCAGAAUUUGGGGGGAUGGAGCUGUGAGGCCCUGAGACUUGGUACCUGAUGUGACUUGUCACCUCAGACUCAGGUGACAUGUUGAGGGAGCCUGUUGGCCCACAUGUCCUGUCACCCCAGUACUGGGACGCUCCUCAGCCUGGAUGUGUAGCCCCUUUGGGGUUAGACGGCCAAGCCAGAGUGACUGGCUUUCUGGACUGUGGUUCCCUCACAGCUGGGGUCUGGCAAGUCUGUCCUGGAGCCAUCUGUCUCCUUUUGUUGCUACAAAAUCAACAUUCACUCUCUCUUUAUAUUUCUAUUUGAAAUAGGCAAAGAAAACUUCCUCAUUUAAGGUUUAGAUAGAUCUGUUUAAUGAACCCCACUAGCAAUUAUGAGGUGAAGCAAUGGUUGGAUUUUUGCAAAUGUGAUGCAUUAUUCUUCAGGUUUUAGUUUUUUUGGGUUUUUUUCUUUUCAAAGGCCAAAAAAAAAAAAAAAAUCCUUUCAGACUCAGUAGAAUUUGUAACAAAAACAGGCAGGAAAAAAUUCAUGUGAACCACUCCAAAAAUCGGCACAUUUUGAAUAUUUUUAAGCCAAGGCUAUUUGAGUACUGAGGAAGGUGGGUGCAGUGAGCAGCACCCCACCCCCUACCAAACCAAAUUCUUCUAGCUGUUCUCAGACUCCCAUUCAGAGUGGCGGGGACCCUUGACCCCAGAAUGGAGAUUUCCCGUCUGCCCAGUGUACCCUCCCAUUUGACAGGCAAAACCAAAUCCACGCAGGUGUUUUCAAGCACUCUUUUGUCUUAAUCUGAACACCCUGACCGUCUUCAUGGUGAUAAGCGCUAUCUUCGGUACACGUAAGUUCUCGUACUUUUCUCGUGAACUAUUGCAUGAUCCACCUUCAGCAAUGACCUGUGCCUAGUGGAGACCCUCCGUAGCUCUUAAAAGGUGACCUUUUUUCUUUAGCCUGUGCUAUUCACACGGGUGCAAUCUUUAGCCCCAGGGAGGUCAGUAAAGUCUUUUGAAGCCAGAAGUCCCAUUUUUUUUCCCCCUAUAUGCAUUUAUCCUAAUUGGUGCUUAGGCUGUAUUUUAAAGCCUGUUGUCUUAACAUUUUAUAUGAGGAAAAAAAAAAAAAAAGAACCACAGACAUGCUCUGUGUUUGGAGAAGUGACUUGACAAUCAUUUGGGCCUUGAAAGCAGUCCCCGUGGCUUGAUUACGAAUGCCGUCAUAGGGUUCUUGGAGGAACAGGUGUCUCCCGGUGGGGUCACCAGCGGCCUCUUUAAACCCUAGAGAAACUUAACUUGGCGUUUUGCAGGGGGG